UUUACUAAUCAGAUUGAACCUAGGGUGAUGAUGAUGUUAUUUACUAAUCAGAUUGAACCUAGGGUGAUGAUGAUGUUAUUUACUAAUCAGACUGAACCUAGGGUGAUGAAGAUGUUAUUUACUAAUCAGAUUGAACCUAGGGUGAUGAUGAUGUUAUUUACUAAUCAGACUGAACCUAGGGUGAUGAUGAUGUUAUUUACUAAU